GUAGAACAGCACUACCCUGUAGAAGUCUGGGCUGAAGACUCCGCGUUCCCUGCUCACCCUCCAGCUUUCACUCGGUGCCAGCAUCCCAAUUCCUGCCGGCCCUCGCCCGGCACGACCCGCGGCCAUGCAGCCCCGGGCUUGAGGCGGCCCCAUGGCAAAACCUGCGAUCCCAGCGACGACGGCGCAUGGAGAACUUCCGUAAGGUGCGCUCGGAGGAGGCGCCGGCGGGGGACGGUGAUGAGGGUGGCAGCCCGAGCUCUGGCCCUUUUGCAGAUCUGGCGCCUGGUGCUGUACACAUGCGGGUCAAGGAGGGCAGCAAGAUCCGCAACCUGCUGGCCUUCGCCACCGCUAGCAUGGCGCAGCCAGCCACGCGCGCCAUCGUCUUCAGCGGCUGCGGCCGGGCCACCACCAAGACCGUCACGUGCGCCGAGAUUCUCAAGCGCCGCCUGGCGGGCUUACACCAGGUCACGCGGCUGCGCUACAGGAGCGUGCGCGAGGUGUGGCAGAGCCUCCCGCCUGGGCCCACACCGGGUCAGACGCCCAGCGAUCCGGCCGCCAGUCUCAGUGUACUUAAGAAUGUACCGAGCCUCGCCAUCCUACUUUCAAAGGACGCACUGGAUCCACGACAGCUUGGCUACCAGCCCCCGAACCUCAGUCCUGGUCCUUCGUCCCCUCCUACCGUGUCGACGUCCAAGAGGAGCCUGGGGGAAUCUGCAGCUGGAGAAGGCACAGCUAAGCGGUCUCAGCCUGAGCCAGAGGCUGAGAAUGAGGACCGGACUGCCUGAGAAUUCUCGCCUCUGAACCACCUAGACUGGAUCUUAUAUCUUCAACACACCUACAUCCACAUGCACCCUUCCUACCUGGGUUUUAAGGGGCCCAUGUUCCUGAAUAUUGGUCCUCAAAAUGACAACGCGGAUCCCAAGGCGACAGGAGAGGGAGCUCAAGAAUUACAAGAGAGGAUUCUUGAAGUCCGAGGAAAACUUUGUGGGACAUGUUGCCAGAAGCCACAGAACACCACCCACACCUUUUCUAGGCCAUCUUUUUUAGGGAAGCCUGGUGGGUAGUGGGACUCUUGAGCUUUCUUGGGGACCCAGACGUUAAAAGCACCCAGUGUGCAUGGAGGCUGACAGUUGAGGCUUUAAAAACCGUCCUUGUUGUUAACUGAGAGCAGGAGCUGUGAAGCUGUUUCCUUGAGGGUGACCAAGUUGAAAAUGUCUGGACCCUGUUCUGCCCACCCACACCCUAGCAUAUUCCUUUUAGCUUCCCCCCACCCUCACCCCUGUUGCAUGGUGGCAGAGACGGGACCCAGGAGGAAACUUGCCAUGCUUCCUCCCCUGAGUCCUGCUGGAGUAUUGCUUCCAAUAAAACAAACAUGAAAAUG